GAGCUCCUCAAAAGCUGGAGAGCUGGAGGCACAGAAAACAUGAAGAUGCAGUAUGUCAUCCGUCACUACCAGCCCUCAGAUAAAGAACUCAUCGUCCCGCUGUAUCGCCUUGUGGUGAAGGAGCAGGCCUACUCAGCGUUCAGGAGGGUCAUGAGGCGUCCGGAUUACAUCUGUGUGACCUUAAGCGUCUGCGUGAUGGGCUACAUCUUGGGUGGGAGCUCCAGCGCCUGUGCCCUGCUGGCCGGCGGAGCUUGGGCUGGGCUGGUGUACUACUGCUGUCGCGAUGUGUACCGCGGCUACAUCAGGAAGAACCUCAGCUCGGGCCUCGCCGACGUCCCGUCCUUCCUGCGGGAGCGGCCCGACGCCGGCUUCUGGCUGGCAGAGGCGGAGCUCGCUGGCGGCUUACAGAUCGUCGGCAUGGUAGCCGUGGCGGGGAAGAGCGACGGAGGAGGAGGAGGAGGAGGAGGAGGAGCUGACGGGAGAGACGGCGGCGGAGCGACGGAGAGGCGUGCGGAGUUACACUACCUGAUCGUGGCGCCCUGGUGCCGCCGGACCGGGCUGGGCUCCCGGCUGGUGCAGACGGUCCUGCACUUCUGCCGGGAGCGUCGGUUUGCCAGAGUCGUCCUGGAAACCACCUCUGCGCACACCGCCGCCAUUGCCUUGUACCGCGGGAUGGGCUUCGUGCACACGCUCACACACAGCAGCACGGCGUCGUCUCGCUGGGUCACCGGGCUGUCUGGGGUCACUGCUUUACAGCUGGAACACGAGCUCUGACAGUGUGCUACAUGGGUACCCAGCCCCAUGGGUACUAUUAAUUAACUAUUAAUGUGUAAUUUUAAUAAUUUAUUAAUAAUAUUAUAGUUGGAACAUUUCCUAAAUUAGACUGAUUCAUUAUCUUUAAAUUACACUCGCAUUUGUAAAAGAAUGAUAUAACCAUAUCCCCUACAUUAAAUGGUGCCCUGUGUGAGUAUUAAAGUUACGUAUGUCCCCUACAUCACACACUUGUGCCUGGUUUAAAUGGUUUAGUCCUUACAGAACCUCUCCUUUCUAAAGAUCAUACAGGAAAAUAUGCCCACCAAUCUGCAAGUGGCUUCAUUCUGUCUAAUGUGUUCAUUCCCAAUUCUGGGUUAAAAAGCAUUAUGUCAUGAUUACCGGCAUCACAUACUAAUAAACAUUUGUGCUGACCUCCGUCUACAUAUAGUUUUAAAGCAGAGAAAGGAGUAAGUUAAUGGCCUUGGACCAGCAAUUACUAUAUGUGAUUUAACAUUUUUACAUGAUACUGCAGCGAUGAGACAUCCUGAAUAUGAAAAAAAGCAUACAGUGUAAAAAUAGUUGCCAGCUACUGCGAUAAGAAAAACAUGUAUUUAAAUGAAAAUUAUGUAAUAUAUAUCAUGAUAUUUUGGUGUCUUUUCAUACCUGUAUAAUAUUUUGCAUCUCUAAUUCAAAAAUCUCACAAGCAUGGGUCCAAGUGCAGGUCUGUCCUGAACAAAAUAGCUAGUUGGAAGUAAAUUAAACCGUAUAUAAAACUGCACAAGCAAUCAUCUCCAAAUACAAACGUUUGUACCUUUAAGCAUUGGUAGGUUAAAACCUGAAGCUACAUUUAUAACAAACACAAGUGGAUUUUAUUUUUAAUGCAAUCAUAUAUUUUUUUUUUUGGAUUCAAUUACUCUAUUUAUUGCAGGACCGUUUAUUUGCGCCCGUCUCAUCAGAGGCUGCUCUGGGAGGGAGGGGCUAGAUCAGCAGGGCAUUCCCCACCUCACUGCUCCUUAGCAGCUCCUCUGGCUCAACGGGAUUGGACAGCAAUUUCGACUUGGCAUUCCAGACUGGGAGAAAAAUCCGGUUAGUCAUAAAGGACUGAGCACCACAAUUUUGUGCAAAAUUAAAUGCCUUUUUAUUAUC